CCUCCUCUCUCAUGCAGCCUAUCGUCUUCCUGCUUUCAGACCGAUUUUAAUUUUCUCAAUAAAGUGGUCACUUCGCUGGACGUCAGCAGAUCAGAUCUGAACCACAACAGGGGCGUUAAUAAGCAAGAUAACGCGCAUUGCGGUGAUUUGCAGGUUUCUCCAGAUUUACCUCCGCGGAUGACCAGCUCCUGGGGAUAUGUACCAGGGCAUUAUGACUACCAACCACGGAUCCUCUUCCUAUGAGGCCGGCUUUCUCCACAACGCCUCGGCGGCCACCUCUCCGGUUUACGUGCCCACCACCCGGGUCGUCACCCCGAUGAUCCCCGCGCUGCAGUACCUCCAGACGCCCGGCGCCUCGCAGCAGGGCAACCCGGUUUCGAGCCACUCCGUCUGGGCGCAGCCGGGUGCAGACCCGGUGCCUUCCUACAACCACUCCCCGGUGUCUCCGCGCUUCUCCUUCUCCACCAGUCCGCCGUUGUCGUCCGGUGUGGCCUCGGCCAGGGAGGCGGUCUCUUACACCAGCCCGCUGAACAUCUCUGCCAACGGAAGGGACCACUAUGGUCCGCGGGGCCUUGGCGGCUCGUACCCCAGUCCCUAUUCGGCCUACAUGAGCCCUAACGUCGGAGGAACGUGGCCGGCGUCCCCCUUCGACAGUCCGGUGCUGCACGGUCUGCAGACCGGCGCUUCUCCUGGCACGACACGACACCCAAACAUAGAUUUGUUUGAUGACUUUGCUGAGGGACGAGAAUGUGUGAACUGCGGUGCAAUGUCAACGCCCCUCUGGAGGCGCGAUGGCACCGGCCACUACUUGUGCAACGCAUGCGGCUUGUACCACAAGAUGAACGGCAUCAACAGGCCGCUCAUUAAACCCCAAAGACGGCUGUCUGCCUCAAGGAGGGUGGGCCUGUCCUGCACAAACUGUCACACCACCACCACCACCCUGUGGCGACGAAACGCAGAGGGAGAACCCGUCUGCAACGCCUGUGGGCUCUACAUGAAACUCCACGGGGUCCCCCGGCCUCUCGCUAUGAAGAAAGAGGGGAUCCAGACCCGCAAACGCAAACCUAAGAACCUAAACAAGUCCCAAACAGGCACUGAGGGGGCUCCAGUUACUCCAAGCAGCACUCCCCGCUCCUCCUCCUCAUCCUCUUCCUCCACAACAUCCACCUCCAGCACUGCAGUGGAGCCUCGCCAGAUAAAGACAGAGCCAGAAAAUCACAACUUAUACACACACCACGGCCUGCACACACAAAUUUCAGCCCUACCCGCCUACAUGGCAGCUCAGGGAGGCGCUAUUCCUCUGAAGAUGUCUCCAGGUGGACACGGUGGGUCCUCCAGCUCCAAAACAGAGCCUUGGAACAACCUAAUCAUGGCUUAGGAGGCCUACAGCUCUGCAUCUCAAAAAACUACCUACGUACAGCAUCCUAACAAAACUCUCCAGCAACUGCUAGCUGCACCGUUUUCUCCAAUCGGUGGCAUCAGUGUCAUGACUGCACACCAAGACAUGAUGAGAAGACACCGACUUGGGACAAAGUACAAUUAAACUGGGAUUAUAAAGGAACUUUUUUCGAACUCAAACGUUUUCUUACAAAGCCAGUAUGGAAGCACAAACUGCCUAAAAGAUACUGAAACAGUACAUGACACUUAUGAGAAACAUGAGAGACAUAAGUGUAAGUAUUGCCUUCAUAGCUUUGGACAUUUUUCUCUGGAUGUUAUGGACAUCCACAACACAAAAACAGAACAUAAGUGGACAACUUUGUGACAAAGGUUACACCACAGAGGUGCUACACCAAGUGUUAUCAGCGUCAGUUUACAGAAAAAUAGUGGAAGAAAAAUAUUUAAUUCCUGGCAAACUUUCAAAUGAUCCAAUUGGGAGACUGUGCUAAUGAUAAAUUAGUAUAAUGUUGUAUUAGCAGCAGAAGAUGUGAAAACAUUUAAGAUUUUAUAUUCUGAGAAAAGGAAAAAUAAGUAUUUGGACAGAUCAUUAACCUCAACAAUCAUAGAGAUGGUCUGAAAUUGUUUUAACUGAUAAAAAGGGCAGCAACCGUAAUAUUUUCUUGGAUUCCUGCAAAUGAUGUGUAAAAUAAAUCCAUCUUUCAUUAAGGUAACAGAAACUCGAUUUAAGGACCUAUGUGCAGUCAAUAAAAAAAAAAAAAGUGAGUCAGAGGAUGGCUACAAGAAAAUUGCUUUCAGCUUAACCUUGCCUACAUGUACAGAAGAGUUUUAAAUAACAGGCACACUGACAAAAAAGGCAGGACAAAAACCCAAGUUUAGCUUACAUUGGGGAAGAACAUGAAAGCAAAAACAUUUGGCAUUUGUCUCUAAAGGUAAUAUUUUCUUUAGAUUUUAUAAGUAAAACAAAAAAGAUGUUAAAGUCAACGUUUUUCAGAGUAUGGAGAAGUGAUGUUUCACAGCUUCACUCACAUCUGGAGUAAAGUAAAUCAUUCUUGGAUUUGUAAGGACUCUUGGAUAAGAAUACGAAUAUUCCUUCAGACCCACAAUGACAAUUUUAUUAAACCACAAGCUGUUUUGAAUCCAAAAACGUUGUACAAUAUGUCUUUAAAUGUUUGAAAAAGUGUGCGUUCAGCCAUGGAUAAAAUGUUAAAAUGAAGUUCAGAGGUACUCUAUUUGAUUUCACAGCCAGACCUUGGAAAUUAUAAAAGCAAACUUCACAGUUUUUAAGUCUUUUCAAGAGAGGAGGAACCCUGGCUCAUCUAUCAGGAAAACGGUUGCUGCGGUUGUGCGUCAUAACAAUUGUUUAUAAGUAAAGAAGUAACAGCAAAAAUCCUUUAAGAUGCACAGCAUCCAAGAACACCUAAGCGUCUUUUAAAAGGAAAAAAAAAGUUAGUUAGAAAUUGUGAAACACUCAGCAAAACUCUGCGCAAAACAACAGAGGCAAAAAUAAAUGAGUACAAACUAUUCCUGUAAAUUCCUCCUAGUCUGUCUCAUCCGUCACUCCUCACCGUAAGUAUUACCUCAGCGAAAGUGAUCUACAGUUUAGUGAUCUACAGUUUUACUCCGUCGUGGCUCAUUGGCUGUAAUUCCUUAAUUGCACGUCACGUCUGAAAAAGUCAUAAAGACAAACUACCUAACCAGCGUAAAUGCUGAUUAUUCUGAAUGAGAGUGUGGCAGCAGGCACAUAGCUCCCUCUGCUGGCUUAGGAUCGGAUCUGCAUCUUCUAGCCUGAAGCACAAGGGGGCCUUUGAAAUUUUUGCUGGAAUCUACAUUAAAAUUCACGUCCUAUAUAUUAUGGUUAUUAAUGGAUAAACUGUACAGAAUAUUUGCAAUGUUUUCUAAUCUGCUGCUAGCGAGAGGUAACCAGUGUAAAUGUGGCAUACUACCAUUUGUAAUUACAAGAAUGAGUAAUGUACAAGCUUCUGUAAAAACAUCACUCCACUAUAAUCAUGUACUUUGUUAUUUGUGAUAUAUUGUAAGCAAAUGUAAUAAAGAGAAAGCAUUUUGUCGUAAUCUAA